AUGGGGUUUGAUGUCAAGUUCCAACUCAAGACCACCCCACAACCUGAUACCACAACCCAUUCCGCAGAACUAUUCAUCAAGACUUUCUCAGUUAAACCGAUGAUGGGGCGUUCGAUUCAUGAGACAACACGGAGGUCUCCUCACGACAUAUCCACCGUCUCAGACGAAUCAACUCCAGCAGGCCGGGUUGCAGCUCUAUCUGAGCAAAAACGACAGAUCGAAACCGAGCUUCACCAACAGUACGACGUACUUUCCGUUAAUUCGAUUGACCUCACUUCCCCGUUGACCGAUGUGAAUGGAUUUCCCCGAGACGAUGUUCCUGAUCUAGCUUCCGUUCGAGUAGCAAGGGCAAGGAUUUGCGAAUUAAAAAAUGACCAUCGUGCGAUCGUCGACCAAUUGGCUCAAACGUUGCCACUGCUUUUGCCCAAGGAGGAUCAUUCUUCUGCAACCCCUUCAAAGGGCGCGUCAACCAACGGUUCUUCGUCGAGUUCCAUGGUACCUUUUGCCCAGAUCGACGUGGUCGCACCAGACUCUCCUGCUGAACAAGCCGGACUGAAACUUCACGAUCAGAUCGUUCGUUUUGGACAUCUGAAUGCCCAAAACCAUGAUCGAUUACAGGCUCUCGCUAAACUUGUUGCUGAAAGCGAGGACCAAAAUAUUACUGUUGUGUGCUUUCGAUUCGAGGAAGGUAACAAAACUAUGAUUUCUAAGGAACUCAAACCACAUUCUGGUUGGGGCGGAAGGGGACUUCUAGGGUGCCACAUCAUCCCAAUGUAAUCUAUAGGUUUAUAUUGUCUUGUUUGCUGCUUUUGUUCAAGUCUAACCUUCACUCCUGGUUUACGACCGCAAAAAAAACCCUUGAUCUAGUCAUUCUAACAUGCCCGAUCGAGAAAAAAAAAGUAAUAGCUGUAUGUUCUAGUAAAAGAUGAAAAUGUAUAAACUCGUUUGUGCGAACAGAUGUACUGAAAAUCUAUAAGAACUAUCAUCUGUGGGUGUAUGGAUUGCGGGAUCCAUUGCUGAAAUUGGCCAACCCUCUCCGAAGCGACACUAAAUCAGUAUAAACACAGCAAACGCCUUCUGUUUCUUCUCGAUGUAUGGUAAUCUGAUGUUUGACCAGCAACACUAGCCAGCGAAGGCAAGACAGAUUCGAG